GCCCAGCUCGCGGGCGGGCACGCCUGGCUCGUGCACCGCGCGGGAGGGCCACUGGGCUUCCCGCUGGUCGGUCUGCUGGUGCUGACCAAUGCGGCCAGGUUUGAGCUCUGGGAGCACGCCUGGGCAGACAACAAGGCUAUCAAUUCCACCUCCGUGCAGGUCGUGUGCCACCUGGUGUCCCUGGCUGUCGCGCUGACCCUGUCCCUCUGCCUAGAGGGCCCCCAGGUCGUCGGCAGGCUUCUGGACAGGAAUAGCUUCUGGCACUUCCUGGCCGCGGCGCUGCUGUUCACCGUCGCGGGCCACCUCGUCGUCGCGGGGAUCCGGAUGGGGGUCUCGGCCAUCCUGGUCGCCACGCUGGGGUACCUGUAUCUGCCGGUCUCGGCCCUGCUGAGCGUCUUCGCGUUCCCGCGCCGUUACGGGGUGCUGGAGUGGCUCGCUCUUGCCAUGAUCACUCUGGCCACCAUCGGCUUCCUGCUGCUUCGGGAGCGCAACAAGUGGCUGCACCACGAGGGCGGGGGGCCCGCCCAGGUGGGCACCCACGUCCUGGACGAGCGCGACCAGGUCGCCGCGAGCCAGGGCGACAGCGACUACUUCGGCUUCAUCCAGGCGGAGGGCGUCGGCUGCGUGCUCGCGUCCGUGUGCAUCAGCGCCCUCGGCUCGAUCGUCACGGAGAGGGUAUACAAGGGGCGAGCGUUCUGCACCAGCGAGGGCGAGGCGGCGCACUACGACAGCUUCUGCAUCAACAAGGUCCACCUCGACCUCGCGGCGCUCGUGUUCUCCCUGAUUCUGUGGACUGUCCCGAUGUCCAUGGCGCACGGCGUCCCGAUCGCCUCCUCCAGCGACGAGUGGUUCGGCCCCUGGACUUGGCAUCAGCUUCUGAUGGUGGUCAUCGCCCUGCUCCAGAGCUGGCUGGCAGGGCUGGUCGUGAAGCGAUUCAGCACAGUCUGCAAGUCCAUCGCGCAGACGCUCUCCAUCCUGCUGGCGGGGCUCCUGGGCGACCCCGUGCUCAACCGCUACGACUUCUCCAGCAGAGCGGUGCCCACCGUUGCCCUCGCGGUCAUCGUGCUGAUGUCCGCGGCCAUAUUCCAGACUGGCAGGAUCCAGAAGCGACUGUUCGAGCGACGGUUCACGCAGGACCCUGGGGGCCUGGCGGACGCCGACGAGGGACGCCCCUCCGCCGCGGACAAGUUCGACCGCUGGGGCAUCGUGUUCGGCCCACAGAGCCCAGCCAGCCCGGCGAGCCCGGCGGGGCCGCCGAGCCAGGGGUGGCCAGUGGCGAGGCCCGGGGGUGCCCAGGGCGGCCUCGCGCGGCCCUCGGAGGAUGCGGCGGGGUCCCCGUCCACGUCGUGCGAGCGGCAGACGGAAAAGGUCGUGGCGCGCACGCUGACGUUGGCGUACGUCCUCGUUUUCGCUGUCGAGAGCCUCAUGAAGCAGUACGCGCUCAGCAGGACGCCCAUCGUUAUGGGCACGAUGAACCUCAUGACCUUCGUGCUCGGGGUCUCACAGGCCGUCGUGUUCACGGCGUAUGCCCUCCACGUUCCCGCUUCCAUCGUCACGGUCCUCGGUUUCGUCUACACGCCGAUCUCGGCGCUGGGCAAGCGCUGCAUGUUGGGCAAGGUCACCAUGUGGCUCCAGUGGGUCGCGCUGACCAUCACGACACUGGCCUCCAUGACCUUCGGCUUCCUGCAGAACGUGGCGCCCGCGCACGGUGCCGAUCCCGUCGGCCUGCCCGGACUGGUCUGCGUCAUCGUCUCUGCGACGCUCGCGGCGUUCGGGUCUUUGGCGAUGGAGAAGUUCUUGAAGGACGAGCACGACAGCUUCUACGUCCAGAAGGUGUCGCUCGACGUCGGCAGCGUGCUCACGAGCGUGGUGCUACUGCCGCUGUCCGGCGCCAUGUCCGAGCGCCCGCGGGACGCCUUUUGGCGGGAGCGGCCCCUUGGCGAGUGCCUGGACGACGGCUGCUGGGGGGAGGUGGGCAGUGGCCGUACGUGCGACGACGAGGCUUGCGGCUGCAAGUGCGGCGCGGGGCUCUUCGUCGCUUGGGACAGCGGCCUGGUGUGGCUCACGCUGCUCAUCGUCAUCGCCAGGGGGUGGUUCAAGGGCGAGGUCACCAAGAGGACGUCCACGCUGGAGGUCGCGAUCGCCGAGUCGUUCGCCCCGCUGCUCAUCUACUUCGUGGGGGAGCCCCUGCUGUUCGCGAAGAGCCUGGGCGACUGGGCCCUCAACGCCGUCGUGUUUAUCGCCCCCCUCAGCGCCGUGGUCUUCACGGUCUCCAACGAGGAGCAGAGGGCCAUCAUCCGGCACCUCAAGGCGAGCCAGAGGUACCGGGCGGACAGCAACGGCGAUGAGGAGCAGAAGCUGUGCCCGCUGGAGGCGCUCUUGGAGGACCUGGGCAGCGCCGCGGCGAAGACCGAAUCCACGUCUUCCGAGUCCGAGGCCGAGGAGGAGCCGCAGCGCGCGCCUCUGUGCAGGCCGCAGUUCCUGUGCGACAGGUAG